AUGUUAGGCAAUUUUGCAUCAAUGCUCCUUCAACGAUUCCUAGGUAGAGGAUUAAUCGGGGACCUAAACCGUGCUAUUAGCAACCAAUCGAAAGCACUAGAUGCCGCGUCUCCAGAAGAUCCGGAAUACUUCAAGUUCUUGCUCGGACUUAAUUCAAUGCUUUUGCUAAAAUGCAAAGAGAAAUCAUCGACAGAAGAGGACCUAAACCGAGCGAUUGAGCUUUCAUUUAAAGCAAUGGCAGCGUCACCUCAUGAUCCUAUAGAUCGCAGCCUUUGUUUGAACAAUCUUGGGUCAUCGUUAAGCGACCGGUUUGAAAAAAGGGGAUCACUCAAGGACUUAGAUGAUGCGAUCAAAUUCACGACCGAGGCGGUUGGGCUUAUACCACUAGACAGACCUGAUUAUGCUCUUUACUCGAGCAACCUCGCACGCCUGCUUGGUCUACGGUUCGAUAGGACAGGAGUUAUGGAGGACAACUAUCGCGCAAUCAAGGCCGCAGUUAAUUCGGUACAAACUACGCCUCAGAUGCACGUUGAUCGUCCCAGGCGUUUAAGAGUCCUCAGACAACAGCUUAACGCACAGUUCAUACGAACCAGUUCAGUUGACGUACUGAAUCGUAUGAUUGGAAUUGCAACUGAAGUACUUGACCUCACACCUAGUAACCAUCCGGAUCGCGCCACUCGAUUAAGUGAUCUUGGAACCGACCUUCGUUCGCGGUUUAAGCAAACGGGGUUGAUGGAAGACUUGAACCGUGCGAUCGAAAUUUCAGCCGAAUCACUCAACGCCACACCACCAGGUCACCCUGAUCGAUAUAAAUACUUGAGCGAUAUGUCAUCCCAACUUCAUGCGCGGUUCGACCGUCUGGGUUCGAUAGGAGAUUUGGAUCGCGCUAUUGAAAUUGAAACUGAGGCAGUAGACACCAUGCCUCGAGACGAUCGAAACCGGUUUGUUGAUUUACAUAACCUCGGGUCUCUACUUAGCACUCGCUAUGAUUACACAGGUGCACUAGAAGAUCUGGAUCGAGCAAUCGAAUUAGCAAGCCAUGCAUGGCGGGCAACGCCGGAAAACGUACCAAAUUACUACAGAAUGUCGAACGACCUUGGAAUUUAUCUUUCUAGACGGUUCGAGCGGACAGGGUCAAUGGAAGAUAUAGACGAUGCAGUUAACGCGCUAAUGGCCACAACAAAUUCUAUGCCUCAAGAUCACUACGAAUACGCCUCGGUACUAAUUUUGCAACUAUACUUUCAACCCGGUUCGAGUCGAAAGGUUCGAUGGAGGAUUUAG